AAGAACAAGUUUCAAUUGAAGAAUUACAAAAAUAUCAUGAGACUUUCAAAUAAAUAGAUAUAGAGAAAUGGAGAAACACUUAAAAAAUAAUAUAUUUAAUAAAUUCACAUAAUGAGAAAGCAACAUAGAACGAAAUGAGAACAGUAUUAAAGUUUUAUAUUUUAUUAAAUAAUAAUCAUAUUUUACAUAACAACUAAAAUAAAUGGCGAGAAAUAUAUUUAUAUGAUGAUAAAGUAUAUGAUUAUUUUAUGAAUGAUUUUUUUCCAAGUAUUGCAAAAUAUUUAAUAGACGAAAAGAGCUUUUCCUAUGAACAAACUCUUUAUUUAUCAAAUUAGAUACUUUUAUAAUCUGUGUAUUUAUUUAUUACUACUUUCUAAAAAUAAACACUUGCUACUUCGGAAAUGCUUUCUUAUAUAUUCGAUUACUAAAAAGCAUACUUCCAAAACAAUAACAAACUCUAAAUGCCUUUUUAAAUUUAAUAAAUUCAUAAAUUUACAUCUUAAUAUGAAGAGUUCCUUUAAAACUUAUAAAUGGGAUAAUAUGUAGAUGCUAUAAAAGUAGAUCCACAGUAUAACAAAUAAUGUUAUAGAAGAGCAAAAAUAAUUAAUAUCAGUGGCGAUUAUAUUUAGGUAUAGUUUUUGGCUAGUUCUUAAAUUUUUAAUAGAUAAAUUUAUAGAUUUAGUUCUGAAAUCAGACCUUAUAAAAGCGUUUGUACUGAUGAAGAAUGGGAUUGGAUGUUUCAACUUAAAAAAGGAGACUUAAUUGAUUGUUGUGAUACAUCUCAUAUUUGGUAUAAGUGUACUGUAUUGGAUGUCAAGUAAAUAAGUACUGGUAAUAAUUUUACUAAAGAAGAAGAUGAUAAUGAAAAUAUUGAUUCUAAUUCAAAAAAUAAUUAUGAUGAUGUUAUUAGAGCAAUUUAAAUAGGAUAUAGAUAUUAUGAUCAAUAAGGAAAUAAAAGUGAUUAAAAAGGCAACUUUUUUGGUUAUACUUCUUAAUAUGAUGAAUAUUUAGAAGUAACACAUCCUCGUGUUGCAAAACUUAAUACAUAAGCUUAAAAACUUUAUACAAAAUCUACUUAGAAUUAAAUAAGUGAUGAUUUAAUAGAUGAUUAUAACGACAAUACAUAAAUAUUAGACGACCAAAACUUAAAAAUAUAUGCAAUACCUCGUAGAUAAUAUAAUACAUCACUAUUUUUGGUAGCUGCAUUGAAUAAAUUUGGCAGAAAAGGAGGAUUUAAUUUAAUUUUGAACAAGAUAAAUAAUUUUAAUGAAUAAACUUGGUGUCCAAUAGAUUUUUUAGCAAUUUAAAUGCAUAUAAUAAAUUAAAUAUAAUGCCUUUUUGUUAGAUAAUUUGCCUAAGAGUUCGCCAAAAUCAUAAUUCCUAUAGUUUAAAAAAAUAUUUUGGAUAGUCCAGCUUCUAAUUUGAGAAAUUUCACAAAAGAAAAAAUCGAUUUAGUAAACAAAGGAUUAGGAAGCUUGAUGAAACGCAUAUAUUCGGUAGGCUAAAAAAUUGAAUUAUUGGAGAAGUUUAAUCUAUAAAUGGCUUUAUAAUCUUUUAAUUCGGAAUUCAUAAAAACUUAACUUUAAGGUCUGAAAACUAUUAUGGAAAUUUUAGGAACUAAUAGAAAUGAAAAAAACACAGAAACAAUGCAGCCUGAAUAACUAAAAGAAUGGGUUAAAGAAAACUAACUUUUUAAAAAAUUAUUCACAAGUUCUAAGUAUUAAUUGAUUUAAAAAGCAGGUGAUUUCUUUAAAUAUAUGUUAAACGAAAAUAUGGUUUAGGAUGAACAUUUGGAAAUCUUAUGGAAUUAAACUAGAAAAAAUGAUAUGGAGUUAAAGCUUGCUAUUUAUAAAAUUCUAACUGAUAAUUAUUACUUACCUGCUUUUAAUAAAUAAAUUAUCGAAUUUUUCUUGAAAAAAAUUACAUAAGAAAGCGAUAUAAAUAAAAUUUCAACUGAAGAUAUAGAAUUUAUUCAAAAUUUAACUAAAACUAAUUACAAAGGAAUUGAUUUGUAAAAUACUGUUAGAAAUUUCUAUUGGAAUUUGAUUAACAAGAGUGAUCAAAUUUCUUAGGAUAUACUAGAAGAAGUUAUUAAAUCCUAUUCUGAUAGUUUUAAUUAUGAAAAUUCUAAAGAAAAAAAGCAAGAAGUUCUUGAGAACUGUGUUAAUAGUAUUGCAGAAGUAAACUUAUAAUUUUUUAAUUUUUUAAUUUUUUAAUUUUUUUCUUUUAGGGAUCAUCAGGCACUUUACAUUUAUUAAAAAUAAUUUCAAAAAUAAUUGAUAGUUUAUUUGGAGGGUAAUAUUACUCAUAUUCUAAAAAAGAUGCUAUUCUAUUUUUAUACUAAGAAAAGUAAAUUGUAAAUGUUUUAGUUUAGAAUAUACGUAUAUUCAAAGAAGAGCUUAAAUAAAAGGUAAGUUAAAUUACUGAAUAAGCUUUCGAUUAAGUUUUGGGAAAGCCUACAUAUAUUGAACAUCUAAAAGCCAGAAUUGACUUUUUGAAUUUCAGUAAUUAAAGAAAAGAAAAAAAAUUAAAAAAUAAUAAUUUUUAAAUAUAGUUUAUAAUAAUCUACCUAACGAUUUAGAGCUAAGCUUUGAUGUUAUUUCUAUAGUUUGGGAUGCUAUUAUUGUUGAAGGAUUAAUUCCAAAAGAAAAAGAUAUUAUCUAUAAAUGGUUUGCUGAAAUAAAUACUUCUAAUAAUACAAAUUUAUAAAUAAAAUAAUAAGAUUUGAACAUUUUCUUUAUAUAAAAAUUAUGUUCUGAAUAAGAUCUUAGGGAAAUGACUUUAGAAGGUUGGAAUUGUUUCAAAGGCGUAUUUUGUAUAAUAAAUGAAUAAAUUAAGAAUAUGAAAAAAUACAAUACACAAAAAAGUUGGCAAUAAUAAUAAACAUAUAAUAAUAUGUAAUCAACAUAUAAUUAAUAAUAAGAAGAUAGGAGAACUAAUAUUGACUUUGAUUAUAUAAUGUUAAUAAAUCCUUCAAAUUUAAUAGGAAUGAAUGAGCUAUGGAAAUUAAUAAUGAUAAACGAAAACAAUGAGGUAGUAAAUAAAGCCUUAGAGUUCUUGAAUAACUUGCAUUCUAACUUUGAUUAAGUUAUAGAAUAAGAAGAAAUCGAAAUAAAAAAAUGCUAUUAUUAAUAAGCUUAUGGAUAAUUAGAAUAAAUAUUGACUUAAAAAGAAAUUGAUAGUUAAAAAGCUUGUAGAUGUAUAAUUUUAAUCAAAAGUAUUUUGGAUGAAAGUGAAAAGAAAGGAAACGGAGGUUUAAAAUCUCUUAUUUCAUUAUCAAAAGGAGAAUUAAUAAGUUUACAUUUUAAUUUAUGUUUUUCUUAAUAUGAUGUGCCAAACAAUUUCACAAUAAAAAUUUACAGUAAUGAUUCUGUUAUUGAUUUACUUUAAAAAGUAGGAUUAAAUAUAAAAUGUACUUGGGAAGAGGUUUCGCUUUAUAUAAUAGAUUCCUAAAGGGAAAUAUCAGUAAAGGAAAACGGACGCUCUUUAGCAGAAAUAAAACUAAAAAAUGGACAAAAGAUAAAUGUGUUUAAAAAAAAAGCUCCUUUAGUGAAAGAAGAGCCUAUACUUCUAGAAAAUGGAGAAGUAAAUCCUGUGGCAAUAAAUAUUUUUAAAAAAUGGUUCUGGAUGUUUGCUAAAGAUGGUAAAAUGUUUUCUGAAGAAAUUGCAAAGUUUAUAAAUUCAUGUACUCAUGAUAAUUGCUAAGCUAAUGAUUCACGUGUUGUAAGUACUUUAAACGCUUACGAUAAAGAAUAAAAAGGAUAUUUAUCAGAAGAAAACUUUAUUCUUUUUUAUUAUUAGGCUUGUAAAACAAAACCAUUAGUAGUAAGAAAAAAUCUAGAAUCUUAUCAUUAUAGAAGAGAUUUGAAAUUAUAUGAUGAAGUUGAAAUCGAAAAUGUUAAUAUCGAAUAAAUGCCUAGAUAUUUACUUUCUAGGGACGAAAAUUUUUUUUAAAUGAUCUUCUGUUUAUUGGAUAAAGAAAGCUUAGCAGAAGAUGCCUGGAUGUUGUUGAGUAGAUUGCCUAUAAGUCCAAUCUUAUAUAAUUAAAUUUUAGACUGUAAAGGAGCUGAUUGGGAAAUUAUACUUGGAAAUAAAUCAGUAUAUAAAUAGCUUUAUAAUUUACAUUUAAUGGAAUACUUAAUGGAAGACUAAAUAGAUAAUAAUAAAGAAGAAAAUAAACAAAAAAAUGAGGACGAUUAGGAAUUCUUAAAAAAAAAAAAUUGGCGAGCAGACUUUAUUAAGCUUGGAGGCUUUGAAUUUUUAUUUAAAAUGUUUAGUAAUUUAUAAAACUAAAUACAAAUAUAAAGUCCUUCAUACUAAAAAUAUAUUUUUGCAUUCAUAUUGAAAAUGUUUUUGAAAUAUUUGGUUGUCGCAUUUACCAUUUUAUAAUAAGGAAAUAAAAAUAUCUAUAAGAAUGUAGCCAGAAUGUAAUCUACGCAUGUAAGUUUGCCUGCUUUAAUACUUUCUAUUAGAUAAGAUAGUAGAGGAUUGUAAUUAAAAAGAAAAGAGUCAGAAUUUAGAGAUAAUUUUUUAGAAAACGAAGUAAAAAAAUUUGAAUUAAUGGAUGAAGUUUGUAUAAAAUUAAAUGAAAAAUUAUAUGAGAUUAAUGUAGAACCUUCUGAAGAUUUUAAUGCCUUAGUAAAAAGCAUUGAAGAGUAAAAUUUAAGUGAAAUUAUUCUUUCUAAAUUUAAUUUUGAAUAACUGGUUUGUGAAUUAUGUAAACUUUGCAUUAAAUAUACUUCAGAUUCUAAUGAAUUAGAAAGUGAAGACAGACUUAUUAUUGAAUAUUCACUUUAAUUAAUGGGAACAUUACUUUUAUCUAAUAAUUCAGUAUGUGAUUAUUUUUUCAAAAAUGAAAUAAGCUUAUUUAAUUAAUUAAUAAUUAGUUGUAUUUUCUAUAAUUAAAAUUAAAAUGUGAGAAAAAAUUUUAAUAAUUGUUUUUUUAUAGUAGCUAAAAUGCGCAAAUUUCCAGUUAAAAUCAUACUUGAAAUACUAAUUUAAUAAAUCCCUAACAUUAGAAAUUACACUUAAUAUUGUACUUAAUAUUUUGAACUUUUUUGUGCUCUUUUAGAUUGUUUGGAAGAUUCUUAAAGUUUUGAUUGGUAAAAACUAUUAGAAACUUUGACUUAAAAUAUAAAAGAACACAAAAGUACAGAGACUCGUAUAAAAACAAAAAAUGAUAAAAUAUUAAUUGGAUUAAUUAAUUUAUGUGACCGCAUUUUGAGCGUGAAUGAACAUAUUAAAAUUAAUUCUGGAGAAAUACUAAUUUAAGAGAUUUUCCAUAAAUGUCUUUUUGAUAUUUCUGAUCAUAAUUCGAUUCUAGUAGACUAAAAUAUAUAAGAGUAUGAUUAAAAAGUUGUCAAAUGUAAAGGAGACUAAAGUAGAUAAGCCGCCUUCAAUUUAUUAAAAUCAUUAUGUAAAAAUUGUCCAUAAAACUUACAUUUUUUGAUGUCAACAGGCUUAAUUAAACUCCUUGAAAAUCUUCCCGUUGUCUAAUAUAGAUAAAAGGAACCAAGAAGUGAUCUUGGCUAUGUGGGAUUAUAUAAUCUAGGUUGCAUAUGUUAUAUGAAUGCUAUGAUUUAGUAAUUCUUUAUGACUCCUACAUUCAGAAAUGCAAUUUUAAUGGCUGAUGACAACAAAGAACUUAACUUUGAAGAAGUUGAAUAUAAUAAAAAAUAAAUGGUCACAGAUGAUAACGUACUCCAUUAAUUUUAAUAAAUGUUUGCUUAUUUAUUAAUGAGUGAUAGAGUUGAAUAUAACCCUAUUGAAUUCUGCUUUUCAUUUAAAGAUUAUAUGGGAGAACCUGUAAAUACUAUUGUUUAAUAGGAUGCUUAAGAAUUCUUGAAUAUGAUAUUCGAUAAAUUAGAAAACAGCUUAAAAAAUACACCAUUUAAAAAAAUAUUGGAAGGUGUUUAUGGGGGAAAGACAUGUACUUAACUUAUUUGUUAAAAUUGUAAGCAUUUAAGCAAUGUUUUUGAGACCUUUUAUAGUUUAUCUGUUGAAGUUAAAAAUUAAAAAACUUUAAAUGAAUCUUUAAAUAAAUUUAUUGCAGGUGAAACCAUUUCUGAUUAUAAAUGUGAAAAAUGUGAAAAAAAGGUUGAUGUAGUUAAAAAAAUAUUCCUUAAGGAUUUACCUAAUGUACUUAUAGUACAUUUAUAAAGAAUCAUUUUUGACAUUGAAACAGUCCAAAAUAUUAAAGUGAAUUCUAGAUUAGAAUUUCCUGAACAACUAGAUUUAAAAUCUUACACAAAUGAUGUACAUGAAUGCAAAAACAAUGAAUAUUUCGAAUAUUAAUUAGCCGGAGUUGUCGUACAUACAGGGACAGCUGAAUAUGGACAUUAUUAUUCUUUUAUUGAUACUAAUAGAGAAGAUUAAACCAAUCAAACUUAUGGAGAAACUUGGUUAGAAUUUAAUGAUAGUAAAAUAAGGGAAUUUUAAAAGAAAAAUAUUGAAUCAGAAUGCUUUGGGGGACAAAGUAAUGAUUAAGAUGAUAAUUCGAAUUUUAACUGGUUUAAAAAUAGGGAUAAUAGUAAAAAUGCCUAUAUUUUAGUCUAUGAAAAGAAAAUAAAAAAUAAAAUCGAACUUAUUUUAUCUAAUGAAUAAGAAUUGAAAGAUACUGUAAAUAAAUUUAACCUUAAAAAUUAUGAAUAAGAUUCUAAUAAUCCACUUAUUAUUAAAAUUAAUUAUUAUGAAUUUAAAUAAUAAUAAGCAUAUAAUAAUACUUCUUUAUAUAAAAAAGUCUGGAUUGAUAACCAUUAGUUUAUGUUAGAAAGACAUAUCUAUAAUGAAUCAUUUUAUUCCUUUAUAAAUGACAUAAUUAAUUCUAUAAAUUUACCUGAAUUAGAUCAAAGUUAAUGUCCGAAAGGUUAUUAUCAGAAAUUCAAUGAAAUUUCUUAAUAAACAAAAGAACAAUAUUAAACUCUUAUAAAUAUUCAUGCUAAAAUAAUAUUUGAACUAUUAGCUAAAUCAAUAGAGUCAAACUUAAUGUGUGAAAAUAUAACUAAAAGAUUAAAAAUAUUACUUUAAUUAAGUCCUGAAUAUUGCAGUGAAUUUUUCUUUAAGCAUUUUUAUACUAAAAAUCGUAAUAUAGAUAGCUAUAUACUAAAAUGCUCAGAGUCAUAAACACGCUAGUUUUAUUCAGAAUUAUAUUCAUUAUGCACAUAAAUAAUAAUAAAUUUCCAUAAUAUAUCUUUAUAAAUAACUGAAUAAAAUUAAAUGGAAUUUAAAACUAAUAAUUAAAGUUCUUAAUAAAGUUUAAUUUAAAAAGAACUUUUUGGAUUUUUAAUGAAUUAGUUAUCUUACCUUAAUGAUGUUGCAGUAAGAAAUUGCUUUAAAAUAGAUUAAUAUUUUAGUUUUUGGUAUAAUUUUACAUCAUAGAAUAGCAGUAAUAAUACAUAAAUUUGCCUUUCUAUUUAAUUUAAAUUGACUUAGUUUUUCAUUAACUUCUUUCUAGGAGAAAACUCACCAAUUAAAUAUCUAUAAAACAUCUCAUAAAUGGGAAAUAAAGUCGCCUAGCCAAAUUAUAAUAAUUUAUUAAAAACAGUUUUGAAUGUUUUAGAACAUCUUUAAAUGAUUUAUGAGUUUGAUGAUUAAGAAAAAUACUAAAUGCCUUCUGAUUUAAAGAUUAUGUUAAAUAAUAAUUAUUUUUGGGAAAAAAUAUUGACUGUAGAAAAUUUAGAUAGUGAUAUUUUGCCAUCUUUUGUACAUAAAUUAGCUUAUAAAAACUUAGUAUCAUCUGAAAUAAUUGCUUGUGCAAUACUUUAAGGUCUUUUCAGAAUUUCAAGUGAAGAAGCAAAGUCUUAUGUGAGUGCAAUAGAACAUUUUCUGAUAAUAGAUGAUGAAUUUUAAAAUUAAAGGAUAGAAUGGAUAUUAGGAUUUCCAGGAUUAAAUAAGAGUUUUUCGAAAAACGAUACAUUUGGAGAAAUAAAAGAUGAGCGUAAAAUAUAAAUAAAUAACUACGGAACUUAUGGAAUGAAUAAUAUUUGUGAUUGCCUAUAUAAAUUUGAAAGUAAUUUAUGUUUAGAACAAAGCAGAAGUGUAUUAGAUUGUAUUUAUUAUAAUAAAAAAAUGCAAGAAAACGUAAGUAUUUAAUUUGUACUUUUAGUUUUGAAAUUAGGUAACUAAAUUCCUUCAUUAUUACAAUAUUUAGCCUUUUUACCAUCUCCUUCUUAUGCUUAUGCUAAAUAUGUUGACCUUUUUACACCUUUUAUUUAAGACUAUUAUUAAGAUUCAAAUAGAAUUAAGUAUUUUUAUUUCCCAAAAAGUGAAUAUGCAUAAGAAUGUUUAAAAGAACUUAAAAGCUUUAAUUAAAAACUCAAAAAUAUUUAUGAUUAAAAUGGAUUUGAGCAAAUGCCUAUUUAUGAUUAAGAAUAUGACUUUAGAAAUUUUAAAGGAUUCUAAGGUUUUUCAAAAUUAUACACAAUCGGAAAAACACGAAGUAUUUCUAUUAUUAAAUAAGGAUAGUUUGAUAUUUCUCAACUUUUAGAAAAAACUUAAAAUUAUUAUUAAUAAAAUUCUAAUAAUUAAUUCAAAAAUAAUAACGUUUUAAAAGUCUAUGAAAGGGAACUUAAUUGUUAUAUAACUGAUAAUAUUCCUUGUUUAACAGAAAACAAAGCUUAUGAUAAUGAAAUUAUUAAAGAUAAUAUUAUACUUUCUAAUUAUAUUUAAUCAGAUUCGCCUUGGAAUGCCUUCUUUAAAUAAAGAUAAUAAAUUGUUUAUCCUUAUAUGAGUUAAUAAUAACUAAAAGAAAAUAACACUGAAUUAAGUAUUUUCAUUUUUUAUUUUUUUAUUACAAAAAUUAUAUUUUUUUUUAGAUAAAUUAAUGGAUUAAUAAUUCAAAAACGAUAAAUGCAUUCGAGAAUUAUAAAUAGUAAAUAAUAGUAAUUAUAAUGUCUAAUUAGUUAUUUCUUUCAAGAUUAUUAGGCAAAAUAUAAAUAAUUUAAUACUACCCAAAAAUUCAAUUUAAUUCUUAAUAAAACCAAAAACAAAUUAAGUUGUUUUUGCUUUUGCAAAAACUGAUAUUGAGUAAGAUUUUGGGUAAUACUAAAUUGAUUUCGAAUAUGGAUUAUUACUAAAUUAUUCCUAAAUUAAUACUUAAAGACAUUUAAUUUCUAAAAUCACUACUUUUGAUCUACCUUUAUUAUAUGAUGUUUCAAAUAUUGAUGAAAGUCAAACGUAAUUAUUAUAAUAGAUAGUUGAUUAAAUGUAGGAAAAUAACAAAGGUUAAGGAAAUAUGAAUGAAAAUAUUGAAAAUGAUGCAUAAGAAAGUUUAUAGGAUGAAGACGAAGAAUUGAAACAGGAAAAAGUUAUUGAAGAAAAUGUUAGAAACCUUCAAUUGGAAAAUUAAAUAGAGUAAGAAGAAUUAAAA